AUGGCCUUACUCACACUUCCUAUUCUUUCCUCUGAGAGAUCCUUUAACUCUCUUAUCCUCUCUCCUCCCCCCCCCCCCUUCAUAGCUCUUACCAUUAGUAACAGGCUGAAUUUGGUUGACGUUAAUAGAAUGCGACGGUCCUUGCCUUCGUUCGCGCACGUGGUGUCCUUCGCCUGGAUGGCCCAUCCUGCGACCCGCCGAGGUCAUCUGGACUUUGAGGUGUUGCCCUCUCACACCGCGCCCCCUGUCGGCGCGUUGGUGAUAUCGCGUAGGCGGAUAGCACUGUCGGGUGUGGAUCGGGGUCGUCGGAUGGGACAGAUGCGCCGCCCCAGACAUCGUGAGCCGGCGGAGGGGGAUUGGAUCUGCCAGUGCGGAGAGGUGAAUUAUCGAUCUAAGCGGGAGUGCUUCAAGUGCGGGGCGCCGGCUCCGCCGCUGCCGCCCGGGGUGCGCCCCCCUUCACUGCCCGGGGAGGACCCCCACGACUGGGCCUGCCCCUGUGGGCAGAUGAACUUCCGGGGGAAUGUUAUUUGCUUUAAGUGUAAUCAGCCCAAGCCGGUCCCUCCUCCUUUUCCAGGUCAGGAGGUAACGCUGUGGACGUGCUCGGGUUGUAAAUCGGUGAAUCGGAGCACGCGGAAGUUCUGCUUUAAGUGCUUCGCCCCAUCACCGCUCUCACAGAUGACUCCAGUUAAGCUGUGAGGGCUAGAAGGUGGGCGAUAGGGCGUGGGAUCGGAUCCUUGCAGGGAGAGAAUUUUAUCGGAUGUUUUCAUCAUCCUAUAUUUGUCAAGGCGGAAAA